UCUCCUACUACAAUUUCUCCUCUGAACUUGUGAAUAUAAAUAUAUACAUCCUGAAUAUUGUUGAGGCUGCUUUUAGAAGUGUGAGAGGACUGUGAGGAACAGGGUUGACUUGUGGAGGAGACGCCGACAACACGGAGUGUGGAUUCAUAUAAAGGAUGGAGAUACUGGGAAGUAUUGGCGAGGAAGGGAUGGCGUUGGAGGGAUCAGCCAUCUCAGCAGCCAUUUUAAACACCAGCCUUGAUAGCGCCUUGAAUGUCACCAACAUUACGUUUUAUCCCUACUAUCAGCACUCACUUUAUGUGGCUGCUAGCUACAUCCUUGCUUACUCCUUCAUCUUCCUGCUCUGCAUGAUGGGUAACAUCCUGGUGUGUCUAAUUGUACUGGAAAACCGGCGUAUGCGCACAGUCACCAACCUCUUCAUCUUCAACCUGGCUAUCAGUGAUCUCUUGGUGGGGAUCUUCUGUAUCCCUACAACACUGGUGGACAACCUCAUCACAGGUUGGCCCUUUUCCAACACCGUGUGCAAGAUGAGUGGCUUCGUGCAGGGCGUGUCUGUGUCUGCAUCUGUCUUCACUCUGGUGGCCAUCGCUGUAGAAAGGUUUCGCUGUAUAGUGUACCCUCUACAGCCUAAGCUGACUCUGCUUGUUGCCAAGACAGCCAUCGUGUCAAUCUGGGUGUUAGCAGUGGUCAUCAUGUGUCCCACUGCAGUGGCACUGACAGUGGAAAAAGUCCCUUUCCAUUAUAUGGUGUACAAUGAUGACUUCAAUCAAACUAUGCCCUUGUACAGCUGCUACGAAAACUUUGCCAACCCUAAGAUGGGGAAGAUCUACACAGCAGUUCUGCUCACUCACAUCUACCUGGUUCCCCUCACAGUAAUCACAGUCAUGUACGGAAGCAUCGGAGUCAAACUGUGUUCCUCUGUAGUCACAAACAGAGAGCCGCAGGCCAAUGACACAGUCCAGGCAAGAGGCAGAAGACGUGGUCAGCCGAUGAUUUCACAGAAGAAGAUCAGGGUGAUAAAGAUGCUCAUCGUAGUGGCUUUGCUUUUCAUGUUGUCUUGGUUGCCGCUCUGGACCCUCUUGAUGAUGGCAGACUAUGCAGACUUGGACAGGGAACAGAUCGACUUUCUCACCAGCUAUGUCUUUCCCUUUGCCCACUGGUUGGCUUUCUCCAACUCCAGCGUCAACCCCAUCAUCUACGGUUACUACAACGAGAACUUUAGGAGGGGCUUCCAGGCAGUAUGCAAGUCCAGGCCCUUCUGUUGCCUCAUGCAGUGCCAGCUGUGGAGCAGAGUGGCCAAGUGGAGGAAGAGUGGAAGGCCUAUGCGACCACCUUCUGACGGUGGUGAUUUCAGAGAUGCCAUGAAUCACAACCACUCUGUGUGGGGACUGAGAAAUCGAGUCUGUAAUGACAACAAAUUGAGGGAUGCAGAGGAGACAAAUAGGAGUGCAAGGGUAGGGUGUGGAGAGGUGCAUGCAGGGAGCAGACUUUCAGAUCAAGGGUUAGAAAUGGCAGUAGUCUGUAAGAAAAGUCAUGACAGAGAAAAGGAAAAGGUUAGGUCAAUGGCAGUGUCAGUGUAUCAGGCGUGGGAUAACUGAGAAUUCAUAUUGCAAAAAACAUAUGAACCAAACAAAGCCAUACCACAGAAGUUAAUCUAGAUAUAAUGUGAAGAUUUUUUUCCCCUUGUGACCAAUCAAAUGGUUGAAGAGAAGGUACGAUUUCAGUCAACCAAUUUUUUAUUUGGUUGACGACAAUUCUUGGGUACCUUACCUCAGCUGGGGUCCGUUUCACAAAGCAGGUUUAGUGAAAACUCUGAGUUUGUUAACCCUGAAAUGAGGGAAACUGAGUUUUCCGUUUCAUUAAGGGAGGUAACACAAACCAGAGAAAGAGGGGUAACUCUAGCCUGUUUCACAAAGAGGGGUAACUUAAGCUCUCGGUCAGUUACCGUAGUAACAGACUCUAUGACUCUAACCUGGUCUGGACCAGGUUUUUCUCAGUAAACCUCGAGUUUCUCUCUGUCUCCGCCCUCUUUCAGCCAGACGCGAUUUGAUUUCCUAAUUCAUUCAGUCAUCAGGCGAGUUUUGGCGAAGUCUAGUUCUGCUCUCUGUCAAAAUGUCAUGUCCUUUUAUUAAAGAUCCAGUAGAUGAAGGAGCAGCAUUACUGCACAGAGAAUUAAAUAUUCGUCAGGAGAUCGUUUUCAGACCACGCAUAGAUGCUCUCGCAUUUCUGGACAGUUAUCUUUUAGAGCGGUACCGUUUCACGUCACAGUCCAUAAUCUACAUACAACCUAAUCCGUCCUUACAUUUACAACAUUACCAACUGCAGUCAUGCUCUCACAUCCCAGCAGAUAUUGUGUGUUGCACUGCGGUUCUUUGCAAAUGGAAGUUUUUUAUAUAAUGUCAGAGAUGCAGAGCACUUCAGUAAGGCAACUGUAUGCAGGACG